GUAUGUAUGCUUUUUAUAUCUUUCUAUUCCCUUUUCGAAUGUUUUUUCAGAUUAACCAAUAAAAAGUUGAAAUUACAUGGGAUUUGAGAUGCCCACCCUGCAACAGUACCGGGAUAUUCCUUGCAUGGCUGGGCUUAAACGCUUCAUUAACUCAAAAGUUCUUCAGGAGAUGGGAUGUCAAAUACAAGUCAUUACUGGUUUUAUUCUCCCUAUUUUUAUCAUUUUUUUAUGACAUUGUUUUUCAUUUGCAUUAUUUUUUUCUAUUUUUAUCAUUAUUAUUAUUCAGUUGUAAAAAUAUGAUAUAGCCUAACACAUCAUUACUUGAUAGUUUCUGCAUUCAAUCACUUUACUUUGUAAAUUCAAUACAAGAUAAAACCAGUAAUCUCAUAAUUGUUAGCGUUUGUAGAUGAAUAACAACAACAACAAUAACAAUUCCAUCAAUUCCAAAGAUAUUUCCAAUCGCCUUCAGAGACGGGAGGCUGAAGCUUUACAAACAUCCCCCGAAUAAUCUGUAACCCCAGUGCAACGCUGCUCAAUGUACAGCACAUCACAGCCCACACGCCCCGAGUCGCAAGCGAGCGAGCAGCCUGAGCCAGACACAGGAGUCGCCAACAAAGGCCGACUUGCUCGAAGCAUUCGGGAGCCGUGCGCACAAGGGGGUUGGGGGGACGCCUCCCUGGUCACUCGCAUCAGUUGUGCGCUGGUGCUCGAAUAGUGAGUGCGUUCGUCGCCUUGGUGCUCGGCGCGUUCACAUGGAGUGGCAUCGCAGUACGUGUGUGACUUUGAUAGCCGAGUAUGAGAAGCGUCCUGUUCUGUGGGAUCCCGAACACGGAUCCUAUUUCAACAAGACGAAGAAACUGGAGCAGUGGGAGGAAGUGGCUCAGGUCAUAGGAUGCACCGUGGAGGAGGUCAAGAGGAAGAUGGACAGUCUGCUCGGCAGCUUCAGAAGGGAGCGGGCGAAGGCAAACAGGCACAAAGGAAGCGACAAAGGUGGCCUGAAACCCUUCGUUUCCAAAUGGUUCGCGUACAAGCCGAUGGCUUUCUUGCUGGAGAGAGACGAUCCAAGACCUUCUUCCCCCGCAGCUGCCAAAGAGUGUCCUCGCCCUCCGACGGGGAUGGAAGCCAACAGGGACGCCACCGGGACCUCCCACCUGGAGCAGCGCCAGGAACCCAGGGCGUCGUCGUGUCCUACGGGGACAGAGGGCGACAGGGAGCGGAAUGUCGUCAAGAAGAAGAAAUUACAACACACGAAGAAGACUUCCUCCACAUUCCAGGACGGAAUCGCCUUCCUGAACGUUCCGCGUGACGACAACCAGAUCUUCGGAGAAUUCGUGGCUGCGGAACUGCGCCAAAUACGCUCCGACGAAAGGAGGAGACGGCUCAAGCUCGCCAUCCAGAAGGCCAUCGUUGCCAUGGGGGAGGAGGGGGACGCCGAACUCUCCUCCUAG